AUGCCGCGAGAUUUCUCGUCCCUAAUCAACGAGGCAACCCUCGACGGCAUGUCCAGCUUAGCCCCCCAAACAGGCAACCGCAAAGCGCGCCCAAUGGAGACACAAGCCGAAGACAGCAGCCAUCUCGCAGCAGAAGAUGCCAUCUCUGCCAACGCAAAGCGAAACGAGCUUCACCCGUACACGCAGACGCUGUCCCUGUCAGAUCUCGAGAGCUGCGUACGACUUGAGGAAGCUGCCUUUCCGCCUCAGGAACGAGCCUCCCGAGAAAAGGUCAGUCUCAUCGACACGAACCGCGGCCACCAUGUCGCUGUGACAUGUUGGUAUUACACUGCUUGCGGUAUGCGUUGUCCAACGCUUCCGUAACGUCUGUCAAGAACAGGACACGCACCUGUUGGCAGAAUCAGCACAUGAUGCUUUCCUCCUCUCAUUUCAGCUGCCACUUCACUCAACACCACUGCCAAUCAAUCCUCUCUUCCUCAACAUCUGCGUCUCACCGCGAUGCACCACCACACCUUUCCUUCUGUGUUGGGCGCGGAUGCCUCGAAAUCCACACUUGUGCCACACACCCAGUUUCAUCUACACAUCCCUGCAAUGCCCCAAAAACAUCAUGCUGAAAGUCCGUUCCUCCAACAGUUACAGUACCGCCUUAAGCACGCGGGCGAACUCUUUCUGGGAAUCUUUACAUCUCAGGAGGGAUCAUCGGUCCCCACGGCAGAGACUUCCGCUCCAGUGUACACGGGUGCACCGCAACGCAAAGCCGUCCUUUUGGGCUACAUCGGUGGCACUAAGACUACGAAUCCGGUGGUGAAAGACGAAGACAUGGCGAUCCCGGACCCCGAGAAUCCUGACCCAAGGCUGGGUCACAAACUGGACGGCAAGACCGUGUGCAUCCAUAGUCUCGGCGUCCUACCGCAAUAUCAAAAAUGUGGACUAGGUACCACGCUGAUGAAAGCGUACCUACAACGUUUAGAAAGCCAUGGGGUCGCGAACCGAGUUGCUCUGAUUGCGCAUGAUCACUUGAUUCCCUAUUAUGAGAAAUUUGGCUUUGAGGAUAAGGGCAAGAGUGAGGCGCAGUUUGGCGGCGGCGGUUGGUAUGAUCUGGCUCGAGACUUGAAGCAAGGACCUAGUCCUUCGUGA